CUCACCUGUGCGGAGGGAAGCAGGAAGUGACUGCUGGGGAUUUCUGCAACUCUGUGGGACACGGGGAAUGUCGGCUUCUGCGAUCUUUAUCCUGGACCUCAAAGGCAAGCUCCUAGUAUGUCGGAAUUACAAAGGAGAUGUGGAUAUGUCGGAGAUCGAGCACUUCAUCCCUAUCCUAACGCAAAGGGAAGAUGAAGGAGCUGUCUCCCCUCUCCUAACUCACGGCAAAGUUCAUUUCUUGUGGAUCAAACACCGAAACCUGUACUUGGUUGCAACGACAAAGAAAAAUGCAAAUGCCUCUCUUGUGUAUGCGUUCCUGUAUAAAAUCAUUCAGGUUUUCACAGAAUACUUUAAGGAGCUGGAGGAGGAGAGUAUCAGGGACAACUUUGUGAUCAUCUAUGAGCUCCUGGACGAGGUGAUGGACUUUGGGUUCCCGCAGACCACUGACAGUAAAAUCCUACAGGAGUACAUCACACAGCAGAGCCAAAAACUGGAGCUGGCUCCCCCACGACCCCCAGCCACCGUCACCAACGCUGUGUCCUGGAGGUCGGAAGGCAUCAAAUACAAGAAGAACGAGGUCUUCAUUGAUGUCAUCGAAGGUGUCAACGUGUUGGUCAGUGCCAACGGGAAUGUUCUACAGAGCGAGAUAGUCGGCCAGUGUGAAGCUGAGGGUUUUCCUCUCGGAAUGCCAGAACUCCGGCUUGGACUGAACGAUAAAGUGCUCUUCGAACUGACUGGGCGAGGCAAAAAUAAAUCUGUUGAACUGGAGGACGUGAAGUUCCAUCAAUGUGUGAGACUGUCGCGCUUUGAAAAUGAUCGAACAAUCUCCUUCAUCCCACCAGACGGGGACUUUGAACUCAUGUCUUAUCGACUGAACAUCCAAGUGAAGCCUCUGAUUUGGAUUGAAUCGGUGAUCGAGAAGUUCUCGCAUAGCCGGGUUGAAUAUAUGAUCAAGGCCAAAAGUCAGUUCAAGAAGCAGUCUGGCAACAACGUGGAAAUCAUUAUCCCAGUACCCAGUGAUGCUGACUCACCCAAGUUCAAGACCAGCGUGGGCAGUGCCAAGUGGGUUCCUGAAAAUAACACAGUGUGGACCAUCAAAUCCUUGCCGGGCGGGAAGGAAUAUUUAAUGCGUGCUCACUUCGGCCUACCCAGUGUGGAAAACGAGAACAGUGAAGGCAGGCCACCGAUCACCGUGAAGUUCGAGAUCCCUUACUUCACCGUCUCGGGGGUGCAGGUGCGGUACAUGAAGAUCAUUGAGAAGAGUGGUUAUCAGGCGCUGCCCUGGGUCAGAUACAUCACCCAGAGUGGAGAUUACCAACUGCGGACACAUUAAAGUUGCGACAGAUUGAGAAAGGUUCUCCUAAUUAUCAUUGGUUAAAUUGGGCUACUUAUUACUGUUGUGGCAAGUGCCUUAAACAUCUUGUUAACUUUUAUCUGUUAAGCUACCCUACAAUAAUUAAUGUUGGAUAUCUACAGUUACAGAAGUCUAUCAGCAGACAGUGCUCCAAAAUAAACACAUAUCCCUGGAAGACCAUGAUUUAACAUCAUUUGGACAAGCUUUUAGUUUCUGCCACUGAGAGGAAUCCUUAAGCCUUCCCUACUAUGGAAUUAUAACCUGCCUGAUUUAUACUGUUUUAUUGCACACCUUUGCUCCGUAUCUUCUCAUCCUUGCCUAAUAUUAAUCGCUGUCUGGAAAAUGCCCCCAAGGAUUCCCAGAACCACCACCUUUCUGAAAGAGAAUUCCAGAUUUCCACCAUUUCGCUUCUGAUUGGGUGAACUCUAUCUCUAAAAAUGGUGGGCUAAUAACUCCGAGCUGGAGGUCAAGUCCAAACUUAGUCUGAGAAUUUGAUUUCACUUUUCAGUAAAAGUGGCCAUAAAUCUGUUUGAUAGUUUAAAACCCCCUAAAAGUCCUUACCACAUCUGGAUUAUGUGCAACUCCAAGCCUUAAAUGAUUCACUUCCUUCUUGUGGUCUAGUAUGUUGAAACAUCGAUUCUGGAAAUCCAAAAUCAGUGUUGGAAACUCUCAACAGGUUGAGCAGCAUCUGUUGGGGAGAGAAACAGAGUUGUGUUUCAGGUCAAUGACUUUCCAUCAGAAUAAAACUUGGACAUUAAAGGUGGUUGAUGUUAGCACUACAUGGAGGCGUUGCCAGCAACGACUGUGUUUCCAGAUCCACAUACUGACAAUGCUUUCUGCUCAAGCCACAAUGGGAGAGCUUGUCUAUCUCACAGCUGUAAUAAAGUCAACUCCCAUUCUUUGCUGGCCCCACACUCCAAUCACUUUGCCGUGCUACCAGAAUGUUCAGUUGACGUUGUGAUUGGUAAGACCUCGUCCCCGUCUCUGAUCAUGGGUUCCAUCUCAUUUGAACCUCUGUUGGUUUGGGCUGUUCAUCAGGAGGGGUUGGAGAGAAAUUUUUAGUACAGGAAUCCUGAAAUGACCAUGGAUCUUUUUCGCAUCAUCCCAUCUCCCCGUUCACUCCAAGCACAAAAAGGCACCAAUGAAAUUAACCAAGGUAAUUGAAAGUAGGGAUAUGAUGGGCAGAUGGCCUCCUUCAAUGAUUCUGUGAAGUUUUUGGGGCCGCAUGGAAAUUAUUAAUUGAUAGUGAAACAUAAAACUUGCCGCUGGAAGAAGGGUUGGACAGUCUCCUGAACAAGGAACUGCCACUCUUGGAAUUCCAGAUGGCAGGAUGACGAGUAGUUUGGGCUUGUUUGUGACAUCUUCACACUGCAGAGGAUGUUGGGCUGGGGUGGGGAGCAGGUGAAUGGGCAAGAGUGUGUGUGUGUUCCUCUUGGCUCCUAGUCCUUCGAGCUCUUCAAUGUCUUCAUAAUGGCGGGCAAAUAACGAGAAGAACAUUAAAUGUUUGCCACAGGUCAAUUAUUCCAGUUGAGGAAUUCCAGAUCACGGUUCAAAGCCCACUGUGUCCUCCCAGCAAAUAAAUGAAUGACUUGUUCAAUUGGUCACAGCAAUGCUUGUGAACUCCAUUCUCAUGAAGUGAGACCUCCAUUUUCACAAAUCCAACAUUUCUACACAGAGCUGUACAACACAGAAACAGGCCCUUUGGCCUACCACGUCCCUGACAACCUUUUUGCUCAUCCAUGCUAAUUCCAUUGGCCUGAAUUAGGUCCAUAUCCUUCUAUGCCUUGCUGGUCUAAACGUCUAUUAAACAUAGUACAGGUGACCUAGAAAAUGACUCUUUCUGUAACGCGAAGCCAUGUCAUCUAUGUGUAUAUCAAGAAGUACAAAUGGAAAAAAAAUUGUUUAUUUACCUUU